ACUGCUGCUGCUGACGCCCUCAGACAUGUUUGACAGGAAUCGGGAACAAGGAAGUUAUGCACCUGUUGCUGCUGCCUAUUUACUCAACUCUCCAAAUAUAUCACACUGCGACCUCGAUAAUUAGUGUGUUGUUAAUCCUUUCUUAGAGGUGUUGUGAAGCAGCAUGAUGACAGAGGCAGAGGCGGAGGUGGAAGCAGCGCCCACCGAGGAGCAGCAGCUGCGCCCUUCUUCCAGCGGCCCGGAGGACACUCAGCCCGCUGCCCGCACAGAGCCCACCGAGGAGCGGGCAGCGGAAGGCGGAGCGGCCCGCUUCGAACAGCACGAUGCCGUCCCCGAGGAAACAUCUCUGGACCAAUUCAGACUGAAAAAGUUCUUCGUGCUGAGGCCUGGCACUCUGAAUCAGGCCAUCAAAGACGUUGAAGCCCUGGUGGAUAAAGAAGUAGAUGGCAGCAUUCACAGCAUCUGGCUGAUGGCAGAGGUGGAUCACUGGAACAAUGAAAAGGAGCGUCUUGUUCUGAUCACAGACAACUCUCUCCUGGUCUGCAAGUACGACUUUGUCAUGUUCAGCUGUGAGCAGCUACAGAGGAUCCCGCUGAACUUCGUGGACCGCAUCUCCCACGGGACCUUCAGCUUCCCAAAGCGCUCCCUUCUCCAGAGAGAAGGGGAGGGGUUGCGAGUCUUCUGGGACCGGCUGAGAGAGCCCUCCUUCAUCUCUAGGUGGAACCCCUUUGCCACUGACUUCCCUUUCAUCACCUUCACCUACCACCCCGUGAGGAACAUCAGUGACACAUUCGCUGCACUCUGUGACAUCCAGAACUUCCGUGAGAAGCUCAAAGAUGCAGCACAGAAAGUCCAUGUCAUGAAGCCAGUUCCUGGGAAGGCUAAUGGCGUCCUGGUCCUGAAUCAGCCGAUCCACGUAGAGGCCUAUGUGGGCCUCAUGUCUUUCCUCGGGAACCAGAACAAACUGGGCUACAGCUUUGCUCGAGGAAACAUUGGCUUCUAAACUCGUCAACAUUAAUAUAAAACUUCUGUUGUUCAGAUUGUUUGCUGUAAUUUAUAUGUCUCAGAUUCAUGUUCAUAAGUUUGUUUACAGAGUUCAUAAUUCAUGAAGGAUUGACCAAAGGUUUUUCCAUAUUCAGGUCUGUUUUUGUUCCUCGUUGAAGCCUGGAUUCCCAGGCUGAGGUGUAUGAGGUUUAAACAACUGUGUGAUCUCCCCCACUGCUUAUUACCAGUGUGUGGUGUCUGAGUACUCAGAAAUAUCCACAUUUCAACACCGCUCUUCACUGGAUGACGGAUCCCCUGCUGCUCUCAAGGAGCUUUGUACUUGCUCCUCAGUGAUAUGGUAAUUCAACUCUUUCGCAAUGGGACUCCUUUCUUCCUCCCCCAGUGUCUCUGUUAAAAGCUCAUUCCCAUGCCAUUCACUCCCUUAGAGAUUCACUGGAGCAUGGGGGCACAUUUGUCAGUUUAUCAUUUGUAGUGUAUUUUUACAGUGCAUACAGUGUUGGAAUUUCCCCUUGAUUUGUGUGUCUACUGUGUGGCUCUUCCUUGUUUAGUAUCAUCUGUUUGUUUUUUGAGCUUGUCACAGAAAUGAAAAUAUAAAAUUACAUAUUUUGUUUUUUCCCUUUUUACUGGUAUAAAAAUAGACUGUUUUUAUGCAGA